CGGAGAGGGACAGCGAGGCAAUGUCGGUCCUUGUGUCCCCUUUGCAGGUUGUCUAAAAAAAGGAAAAUCUGUUGUUUAAUAUGAAGAAAAGCAGAGGAAGGACAGGUCGAAAGAGAAGAAGAAAGCACUCAAAGAGUUUUAUAGAUGGAGGUAUCAUCAUACCUGGAAGUUAAAUAAUAAACCAUUUUUUUCCUCAAGUCAACUGCAGUCACAAGCUGGAAUACAUUAGACUUAAGAAGUGGCUAAAAGAGAGAGGAUUUGAAGACAAUAAUUUAAGGCCAGCAGAGUUCUGGGAGCUUUUCCCUGCUGCCCUGAUCACAGAUCACUGCUUUUCCACAUCUACAUUUAUUUACUGCUGCUCUUUGUUCCUCCUUCAGGGACAGGCAGAGGAUUGAUGGCAACAAAAGCUCUUCAGGCAGGAGAUGUGAUUAUUUCCUUGCCUGAGAAGUGUUUGCUCACCACGGGCACUGUCCUCAGCAGCUGCUUGGGAGGACACAUUGAGAACUGGAAGCCCCCUGUGUCCCCUUUGCUGGCACUGUGCACGUUUUUGAUAGCAGAGAAACACGCUGGGGAGAAAUCUCCAUGGAAGCCCUACCUGGAUGUCCUACCCAAGACUUACACCUGCCCUGCUUGUCUGGAGCCUGAUGUCAUCAAUCUUCUCCCAAAACCCUUAAAAAGGAAGGCUCAGGAGCAAAAAAUGAUGAUCCAAGAGCUGUUCAGAUCUUCCAAAGCUUUCUUCUCUUCCCUGCAGCCUUUAUUUGCUGAGAGCACAGGAAGUAUUUUUAAUUUCAGUGCUUUGCAGUGGGCUUGGUGCACUGUAAAUACCAGGACAAUCUACAUGAAACAUCCCCACAGAGAGUGUUUCUCCCUGGAGCCAGAUGUUUAUGCUUUGGCACCAUAUUUAGAUUUGCUAAACCACAGCCCAAAUGUUCAGGUCAAGGCUGGCUUUAAUGAGCAGACAAGGAGCUAUGAAAUUUGGACAAAUUCACAUUGCAGAAAAUACCAGGAAGUUUUGAUCUGCUAUGGACCUCAUGAUAAUCAGAGGCUGCUGCUGGAAUAUGGAUUUGUUGCCAUGGACAACCCUCACAGCAGUGUUCAUGUCUCAGCAGAUACUCUCCUCAAAUAUUUCUCGCCACUGGACAAGCAGAGAAAGGCCAAAGUUUCCAUUCUAAAGGAUCAUGAUUUCCUAGAGAACCUGACCUUUGGCUGGGAGGGACCAUCCUGGAGACUCCUGACAGCCCUCCAGGUGCUGGGUCUGGCAGCAGAGGAAUUUGCCUGCUGGAGGAGGAUCCUGCUUGGUGAUGUCCCUUCAGCCAGGAAUGAACAGCAGGCUUUGGCUACAGCAGCAAAAAUUUGUCAGUUUUUAAUAGAGGAGACCCAGCAUGUCCUUCUCCAGAUUUCCCAGUUGAAAAGGGACAGAGAGAACCUCAAAAGCCACCUGGCUUUGGUGGAAAUGCUGCGCUCAGAAGACCUCAAGAUCCUUCAAAAAUCAGCUGAGAUUCUUUGCAACUCGAAUUUAGGAACAACUUGAGCCCCCUGGAGCUGUGACAGCUGUAACUGCUCAGGGAUUAUUGCCAGAUUAUUACUCUUUUAGUGGACCUGAGCAGCAAAGAAUAAUUUAAAAAUUCAUCAGGAUAAUUUUGCUCUUUGCUGACCUUCACACAAAAGGUUCUGCUGAAGUGGAGAGCUCGAGCUCCUUGCUUUGGAGAAAAGAGAAUUUUUCUAAAGGGCAUUUCAGGGCAGGACCCUUAUUUAAGCUGCAGAAACUCCAUUUGGAAUUGGGAUUCUCUUGUCAUUAUUUUCCAUGAUGUGAUUUUAAAAAGUGUUUAUUUUUUGUAAAUAUAUUACCUCAUUUUCUACCA